CUGAAGUGAAAAUUCAGGUUUGACCAAAGUGACACAGAGUGUCGCAGCUCUCUCCUAAUCUUAGUGGGUCGGUACCAGUGUUCCCAGCAGCAGUAACCCAGCUCAGGCACCAUCAAAUCCACUAACUGGACUCUUUAAUCUGUGAGAAGAACCAGGAUCCAGAGUGUCUGCUAUCAGCACCACUGCUGUAGAAAGAGUGAAUUCAGCAGCAUGAAUCAGGAUGAGGACAAAGAGGAAAGAGCACCUCCCUCUGAAACUAGUCUGUGUGGAGACCACGAGAGCCAGAACAAAGCUCAGAGGUCCCAACAUAAACAAAAAUCUGCUGAACAUGGAUCUGAACCUGCACCUUGCUGUGUGUCCUUCAAGAGCAAUGACUCUAUGGAUUUUGGCAUAACUUUUAAAAAACAACCUGCAUCAGACCCAGAAGUGGACCAGCAGAGCUCAGAGGUUCCCAGUGACCAGCCUGUCCAGCAGCACCAAACACACCUGGACUCCAUAUUUAUGCUGCUGGAGGAAAACAUUGUUACGUUUCUGAAGAAGGAGCUGAAGAAGAUGCAAAAGGUCGUGAGUCAAAAUUACCCAGAAUGCUUAGAGAGUCAGAGGGAGGAUGAGGAGUUGGAUGAUGAGGAUGAAGAGCAGAGGAGGAGCAGCAGAGACGCUUUUCUGAAGAUCACAGUGAACUUCCUGAGGAGGAUGAAGCAGGAGGAGCUGGCUGACUGUCUGCAGAGCAGAGCUACUGCUACAAUUGGUCAGGCUCAACUUAAGUCUCAGCUGAAGCACAAAUUCCAGUGUGUGUUUGAAGGCAUCCCUAAAGCAGGAAACCCAGUCCCUCUGAACCAGAUCUACACAGAGCUCUACAUCACAGAGGGAGAGACUGGAGAGGUCAACAAUGAACAUGAGGUCAGACAGAUUGAAUCAGCCUCCAGGAAUCAAUACAAAGCAGAAACAACCAUCAGACAAGAAGACAUCUUUAAAGGCUCAGCUGGAAGAGACGGAGCCAUUAGAACAGUGAUGACAAAGGGAGUGGCUGGAAUUGGGAAAACAGUCCUAACACAGAAGUUCACUCUGGACUGGGCUGAAGACAAAGCCAACCAGGACAUACACUUCAUAUUUCCAUUCACCUUCAGAGAGCUGAAUGUGCUGAAAGAGGAAAAGUUCAGCUUGGUGGAACUUGUUCAUCACUUCUUUACUGAAACCAAAGCAGCAAGAAUCUGCAGGUUUAAACAGUUCCAGGUUAUUUUCAUCUUGGACGGUCUGGAUGAGUGUCAACUUCCUCUGGACUUCAACAAGACUAAAACCCUGACUGAUGUCACAGAGUCCACCUCAGUGGAUGUGCUGCUGACAAACCUGAUCAGGGGGAACCUGCUUCCCUCUGCUCGCCUCUGGAUCACCACACGACCUGCAGCAGCCAAUCAGAUCCCUCCUGGCUGUGUUGACCUGGUGACAGAGGUCAGGGGGUUCACUGACCCACAGAAGGACGAGUACUUCAGGAAGAGGUUCACAGAUGAGCAGCAGGCCACAACCAUCAUCUCCCACAUCAAGACUUCACGAAGCCUCCACAUCAUGUGCCACAUCCCAGUCUUCUGCUGGAUCACUGCUACGGUUCUGGAGGAUCUGUUGAAAACCAGAGAGGGAGGAGAGCUGCCCAAGACCCUGACUGAGAUGUACUUCCACUUCCUGGUGGUUCAGACCAAAGUGAAGAACAUCAAGUAUGAUGGAGGAGCUGAGACAGAUCCACUCUGCAGUCCAGAGAACAAGAAGAUGAUUAAGUCUCUGGGAAAACUGGCUUUUGAGCAGCUGCAGAAAGGAAACCUGAUCUUCUAUGAGUCAGACCUGACAGAGUGUGGCAUCGAUAUCACAGCAGCCUCAGUUUACUCAGGAGUGUUGACACAGAUCUUUAAAGAGGAGAGAGGACUGUACCAGCACAAGGUGUUCUGCUUCAUCCAUCUGAGUGUUCAGGAGUUUCUGGCUGCUCUUCAUGUCCAUCUGACCUUCAUCAACUCUGGAGUCAAUCUGCUGUCAGAACAACAGUCAACAUCUCAGACAUCUAAAGUUUCUUUAUCUUCUUCAGAUACGCAGUUCUACCAUGAUGCUGUGGACACGGCCUUACGAAGUCCAAAUGGACACUUGGACUUAUUUCUGCGCUUUCUCCUGGGGCUUUCAAUGGUGACAAAUCAGUCUGAGCUGACAAAGACAGGACAUACUUUGGGAAACAAUGAAAAGACAAUUAAGUACAUCAAGAUGAAGAUCUCAGAGUCUCCGUCUGCAGAGAAAAGCAUCAACCUGUUCCACUGUCUAAAUGAACUGAAUGAUUGUUCUCUAGUGGAGGAGAUCCAACAGUAUCUGAGAUCAGGAAGUCUCUCCACAGAUAAACUGUCUCCUGCUCAGUGGUCGGCUCUGCUUUUUAUGUUACUGUCAUCAGGAAAAGAUCUGGAUGUGUUUGACCCAGUCAAAAACUCCUCAAGCUUUUCAGAGAAGGAUCUUCUGUUUGUGCUAGGUGUGGUCAAAGUGUCCAAGAAAGUUAUACUGAGUGGCUGUAACCUCACAGAGAAAAGCUGUGAAGCUCUGUCCUCAGUUCUCAGCUCUCAGUCCUCUAGUCUGAGAGAACUGGACCUGAGUAACAACGACCUGCAGGAUUCAGGAGUGAAGCUACUGUGUGAUGGACUGAAGAGUCCUUACUGUCAACUGGAGACUCUCAGACUGUCAGGUUGUCUGGUCAAAGAGGAAGGCUGUGCUUCUCUGGUCUCAGCUCUGAGCUCCAACCCCUUUCAUCUGAGAGAGCUGGACCUGAGCUACAAUCAUCCAGAAAACUCAUGGGAGAACCUGCUGUCUGGAGUGGAAGAUCCAACCUGGAGACUGGACACACUCAGGGUGGAGCCUGGUGGAAUCCGAUGGUUAAAAACAGGUCUGAGCAAGUAUUUCUGUCAACUCACAAUUGACACAAACACACUGCACAGAAAACUACAACUGUCUGACAACAGCAGGAAGGUGACACGUGUGAAGAAGGAUCAGUCAUAUACCGAUCAUCCAGACAGAUUUGACCACUGGCCUCAGCUGCUGUGUAGUGAUGGUCUGACUGGUCGCUGUUACUGGGAGGUUGAGUGGAGAGGAUUGGUUGAUGUGUCAGUGAGUUACAAAGGAAUCAGAAGGAAAGGACAGAGUAAAGACUGUGUGUUUGGAUACAAUGAUCAGUCCUGGAAUCUGCGCUGCUCUAAGAGUAGUUACUCAGUUUGUCACAAUAACAAAGAAACCUUAAUUUCUUCUUCUUCCUCUGAGUCUAACAGAGUAUCAGUGUAUGUGGACUGCUCUGCUGGUUCUCUCUCCUUCUACAGAGACUCCCAUGGCAAACUGAUCCACCUUCACACCUUGAACACCACAUUCACUGAACCUCUUUAUCCUGGGUUUAGGUUCUGGUCUCCUGAUUCCUCAGUGUCUCUGUGUGAAGUGUAG